CACCCCUCAUUAUCACUUCCCCACCGAUCGACUGUGCCGGUGCCACCAUACCCUGGCUUGGAGUCCUCGCCUUCCCAGUUGCGUCAUCUGAGCGACCGCUAACUCGCUCUGCACGACGUCGCGUGCACUAUCUUCCCUGUCGGCAUCUCGAUAGUGUCUGAUACAAGCUUCUGUUCCUGGGUUUGGGUCGCUUUUGGGCGUUGUGGUCCGAUACGGGUUGGCAUGCUCGGGAUUUGAGCUGGGUGGCCUUGGGUGCGUGGGUGGGAGCUUUGCAAGCUCCUGCGAGGAAGAUGGCUCCAUUCACUCUUUUGUCCUUGUUCCAUUCUUUACCCUCUACAAUACCUACAUUUUCGCUGCGCCUCCUCGUCAUGUUAUCACUGCUACGGCUGGCUUGUGCCUUGCUCCUGCCACCCCUGCUCGACCAAGCUGCAGCCAAUCCGCUACCUCGCGCUCGGCAGCACUAUGCGCCCGACUCUCUAGGUGCUGUUGCUAGUGAGAGUAGUAUCUGCAGCAGUAUUGGUAUAGACCUUCUGCGCCAAGGUGGUAAUGCAGCGGAUGCGCUUGUCGGCACGGUCUUUUGCGUUGGUGUCAUCGGAUGCUACCAUAGCGGCAUUGGUGGUGGAGGCUUCAUGCUUGUUCGGAGCUCAAAUGGCAGCUAUGAGUUCAUCGACUUUAGAGAAACUGCCCCUGCCGCCGCCUAUCAAGACAUGUACAACAAUAAUACGAAUGCGAGCAUCUAUGGUGGAUUGGCUAGGUACGUCUUGGUCAGCAACGGCCGAAGGGGGAACUGACCAAGUCGUAGCGGAGUUCCAGGAGAGGUUCGAGGUCUGGCUCAUUUGCACAGCAACUAUGGAAAGCUUCCAUGGAAAUCUGUGAUGGCGGGGGCCAUCAAAACUGCAAGAUAUGGGUGGCCAGUAUCAGCGGAUCUGGUGCGGUAUAUGGCGUCUGCCAACGCGUCUGCUCUCGUGCCAAACUUCCUGGUUGAUGAUCCCAACUGGGCCCUCGACUUUGCUCCCAAUGGGACUUUACUCGGUCUUGGCGAUACCAUCACGAGGAAGAGGUACGCGAAUACUCUGGAAUCCAUUGCAAAUGAAGGACCAGAUGCCUUCUACAACGGACCUAUAGCAGAGGCUACCAUCGCUGCCCUGCAAGCUCAAAAUGGAACUAUGACGGUCGGAGACCUGCAGAACUAUACUGUGGCAAUCCGACCACCAGCAAACAUCACCUACCGUGGCUAUCGCAUGUUCAGCUGCAGUGCUCCGAGCUCGGGAGAAGUGGCUCUGUCAGUCAUGAAGACUCUCGAGGGCUACACUGAUUUCUUCACAGACGGGAGGGUCAACCUCAGUACCCAUAGAAUGGAUGAGGCAAUGAGGUUCGGGUACGGUGAGAGGACGAACCUAGGGGAUCCGUCGUUUAUGAAGAACAUCUCUGCUUACCAGACCGAGAUGUUGUCCGCCCAGUCUGCGGCCGACAUCCGGAGCAAGAUCUCCGACACCCACACACUGAAUGUUUCGGCAUACGAUCCAUCAGGCAUCGAAUCUCUGGAAACUCCAGGGACAUCUCAUGUGGUCACGGCAGAUGCUUCUGGCCUGGCCAUCUCCCUGACCACAACGGUCAAUUUGUUGUUCGGCUCGAAUCUCAUGGUGCCGGAGACCGGAGUCAUUAUGAACAAUGAGAUGAACGAUUUCUCCAUUCCCGGCUCUUCUAAUGCCUUCGGGUACGUACCAAGCCCGAGCAACUAUAUUCGUCCGGGCAAAAGGCCGCUGUCCUCAAUCUCGCCAACGAUAGUGGAAUUUCCCAACGGUACUCUAUACUAUGUGAUUGGAGCAGCUGGAGGCUCCAGGAUCAUCACUGCUACCAUCCAGAACCUGAUACAUGUGCUCGAUCAGAACUUGACGGUGCCUCAGGCACUGGCACAGCCUCGGCUUCACGACCAACUGAUCCCCAAUCAGGUCAUGUUCGAAUAUGCCUACGACAAUGAGACAAUUGCAUUCAUGAAAGCGCGCGGCCACAACAUCACAUGGGUGGCUCCCGGCUUAUCCACCGCCCAGGGAUUGAGGCGUCUUGGGAAUGGAACCUUCGAAGCUGCCGGCGAACCGCGUCAGGAAUCAUCAGCUGGUUAUGCCAUAUGAUCACCUUGCAAGCGGCCUCAACGACAUGCUCGUGAUGUAUGACUGAGGCGGCGUGUCAUGAUGAUAGAAGUAUCUCAAAGCGCUUGACGGUUCUCCAUGUUUGGAUCCGACGAGGAUUUCUCGAAAUCAAUCAUCAGGACGUGUUUACGAGAAGGUGUUGCCUGACAGGCAAUCCUCAGUAUUUCUGGCUCUCUCUGGAUAAUCACAUAAGGUCCAUGCACCACUGCGACGAGAAAUGCUUCAAUAAUUGGUUUUCUUCUGCUCGAUCUCGAUCAAGGGCGUUGCGAUGAACUACGGGCUCGUAGGAGCCUGUGUUUUGCUACGCAGGCGGGCCGCUCGAUAUAAGUGUCCAAUCAGCACACCGGCGUGCUACUCAUCGAACAUCUCAGCGCUAAACCCAACAGCCUUCUG